GUUUUCAGCUUGAAAGUGUGUCAGAUUCAAAGAGGGGUAGUGACACGGAGAAACCUCUCCUAUAUCCUCACCUGGACGGCAUUCAGACUUUGGGCAAAUACCUCCCAUUUCUACAACAGAAUCAUGGCUUCAAUACAUUAUGUUCAGCUUCUCUUUCUAACUCAAGUUUGGUAUGUAAUUCAGGGAGCUGGUGAUGACAUGCUACAGGUUGUGGCUACAUGUCAUGAAGAUGUGUUGCUCCCUUGUAAGGCUUUACAGGAUGUACAAACCACAACUGGGGUUGUCUCCUGGUAUAAGAUUGGUGGAAACAGUGAAGAACUGAAGAGUCUGCAACAUAAUACAGAACGUGGUUAUUUAAGAGGACUUAAUGAAUCCUUGGAAAGCUCUAAUGAUACCUGGCAUUCUCUGAAGAUUGAAAAUAUUACAAGAUACAGUAGUGGGACGUAUAAGUGCAUCUUAAGGACACCAGUUAGAACACAUAACCAAAGCAGUACAAUUAUACUGAAAGUAAUAGACUGUCCUGACCAAGAUGAAAAAAUUAAAAAAUACAGGACAGAACUUCUGUUGCUGUGCUCUCUCGGGGGUUUCUAUUUGCUGCUCAUCAUCUUCACUUGUACCUGCUUACAGGACAAGGGAACCUCAGGUUGCUAUAAAUCCAGAAUGAAACAAACAGACAACAGACUUCACCUUGUCAACAUCUCUUAAAAAGAUUAUUUUGACUCGCCAGUCUGGAGCAGCACUUCCAAGGAAACUAGUGACAAUUUUGCCAGCUUGAUUUCUUUGUUGAGUCAUUGAAAGCUUGUCAAUUCUCAUAACAAUGUCAAGAUGCUUGAUACAGACUUAUAACACACAACUUUUCCCUUUGGAUUAACCUGAAAAGGUCUCUUCAAAAAAAAUUAAAAAACAGUAGUGUGGUCCUUGUACAUCCACUAAAAACCACCACAGGUAGAAUAAUCUGAAACCUAUACCUCCAAUUUAUGUCUGCAGCCCCCAUUUCAAAUCUUAUUUUCGACAAAGAAACCCGGCAUACAAUCUGGCCAUUAUAUUUGGAACCUAUAUGUAUGUGUUUUUUGUACCGCCUGCCACUCUAGUAUAAAGUCUGAUGAAGACCUGCGUGAGAUCAAAGAGUAGUUUAUGACUGUGAUAUUUUAGUAGUCUAAUAAAAGUAUCACUGUGGCAUUUGC